GCCAGGAAAUCAGCAGCUGUUCACGCCCAGGGUGGACUUAGUAUUUACCGCGCCAAGCACGCAGUUAGUUGUCUGACAGCUGGGCUCCGCUCGGAGCGCGCGCGCGCCGCUGCCAACUGCCUCCACGGACACGCUCGCAGUCGCAGGCGCGCGCCGCACGGACGGCGUGGUGCCCGGCCGCGUGUAUAUAUGCAGGCAGUGGCGUGGCGUGGCCUGGCCUCGUGCGGCGCAGGCACUCCAGUCCACUCCAGUCGUUUCGAGUUCGAGCUCGCUCGUCGCCGGAGCAGAGCAGCCAGGGCGAGGGGAGCGGCCGCCGUUGUCCGGGCCGGCGGCGUCGUUCCGCAGGUAGACGACGACACAGGAGCAGCAGGACGCGGCCGGUCCCGGGGGACGACGACGCCAUGCCGGAGAAGAAGACGACGACGACGACGCUGCUGCAGCAGCAGCAGCAGCAGCAGCAGGCCGCGUUCUGCGGCGAGGCGGUGAUCGCCGAGUUCGAGUCCCUGACGCGGGACGCCGCCGCCGUGCAGCGGGACACGCUGCGCCGGAUCCUCGGCGACAACGCCACCGCCGAGUACCUCCGGUGCCGGGGCCUCGCGGGACGCACCGACGCCGCCAGCUUCCGGGCGUGCGUGCCGCUCGCUACGCACGCCGACAUCGAGCCCUACAUUACGCGCAUCGCCGACGGCGACACCUCCGCCUUGCUCACCGCCAACCCCAUCACCUCCAUCUCCCUCAGCUCCGGCACGACGCAGGGCAAGCGCAAGUACCUGCCCUUCAACCAGGAGCUCGUCAAGUCCACGAUGCAGAUAUACCGGACUUCCUACGCCUUCAGGAACAGGGCGUUCCCCGUGGAGGACGGCAAGGCGCUGCAGUUCAUCUACGGCAGCCGCCAGUUCACCACCACGGGCGGGCUGACAGCGACGACGGCCACCACCAACGUGUACCGGAGCGAGGAGUUCAUGCCCACGAUGCGCGCCAUCCAGUCGCAGGUGUGCAGCCCGGAGGCCGUCAUCUUCGGCGCCGACUUCGCGCAGUCGCUCUACUGCCACCUCCUGUGCGGCCUGCUGUACGCCGACGAGGUCCGCAUCGUGUCCGCCACCUUCGCGCACAGCCUCGUCCUCGCCUUCCAGACCUUCGAGCGCGUCUGGGAGGACCUGUGCGCCGACAUCCGCGCAGGCUCCCUCUCCCAGACGCGCGUCACCGCCCCCGCCGUCCGCAGGGCCGUCGAGGCGUUGCUCACGGGCCCCAACCCGGCGCUCGCCGACGAGGUGGUGCGCAGGUGCGCCGGGCUCAGCAACUGGUACGGCGUCAUCCCGGCGCUGUUCCCCAACGCCAGGUACGUGCACGGCAUCAUGACGGGAUCCAUGGAGCACUACGUCAAGAAGCUCCGCCACUACGCGGGCGGGCUGCCACUCGUCGCCGCCGAGUACGGCGCGUCCGAGGGAUGGGUCGGCGCUAACGUCGAGCCCGAGACGCCGCCGGAGUCCGUCACGUUCACCGUCCUCCCCAACAUCGCCUACUUCGAGUUCAUCCCGCUCAAGGCCACCAGCUGCUGCCACGGCGGCGCCGAUGACGACGACACGUCCUACGCCGAGGCCGAGCCCGUCGGGCUCACCGAGGUCGCCGUCGGCGAGCACUACGAGGUUGUCGUCACCACCUUCGCAGGGCUGUACCGGUACCGUCUAGGGGACGUGGUGAAGGUAGCCGGGUUCUACAACUCGACGCCGAAGCUCAAGUUCGUGUGCCGGCGGAACCUGAUGCUGAGCAUCAACAUCGACAAGAACAGCGAGCAGGACCUGCAGCUGGCCGUGGACAGCGCGGCCAAGAUCCUGGCGGCGGAGAAGCUGGAGGUGGUGGACUACAGCAGCCACGCGGAGGUGUCGCGCGACCCGGGCCACUACGUCGUGUUCUGGGAGCUCAACGCCGACGGCAACGACGACGUGCUGCAGAGCUGCUGCGACGAGCUGGACCGCGCCUUCACGGACCCCGGGUACGUCGGGUCACGGAAGGCCAGCGGCAUCGGGCCCCUGGAGCUCAGGGUGCUGCAGCGCGGGACGUUCCAGAAGGUGCUCCGCCACUACCUCUCCCUCGGCGCCCCGGUGAGUCAGUUCAAGUCGCCGCGGUGCGUCGGACGGUCGAACAACUCCGGCGUCCUCCAGAUCCUCUCCGCCAACGUCGUCAAGGUCUUCUUCAGCGCCGCCUACGACUGACGACGACGCUUGAUCGAUCGCUCCCGGCCUGGACGGCGACGCGAGAGGAUGGAGGAAGGAGCUGAGGAGAGGUAGAAGACGAGCGUGCAUGCAUGCUCUACAGCGACGCCACACCGCUGGCGCGUGCAUGCAUGCAUGCAUGCAGUGCAGUGAUAGAUCAGGUAGUUUGCAGACUUGCAGGUAUGCAGGAUACAAUGUUGAUGCAGAAGAUUCAGGUGGUUGUUGUGAUCAUGUAGCCUGUCUGCAAGUAGUAGUGUCGUCGUUAAAUCGAGUGAAAUAAACCUGUUAAUAUCUCUUAUAUGGUUUCUUCUCCAAGAUGGAUA